UCUCUCUUGUUGCAGAUGUGGACGGUUUGAUUACCCAAGCUCUGCUGACGGGUAACUUUGAGAGCGCAGUUGAUCUCUGCUUGCAUGAUAACCGCAUGGCUGAUGCCAUUAUCUUGGCCAUCGCAGGUGGACAAGAGCUGCUUUCUAGGACGCAAGAAAAGUACUUUGCUAAGAUGCAGAGCAAAAUUACCAGGCUCAUCACUGCGGUGGUAACAAAGAACUGGGAAGAGAUUGUGCAGUCUUGUGAUCUGCAGAACUGGAGAGAGGCUUUGGCUGCUGUGCUCACUUAUGCCAGGCCAGAUGAAUUUGCAGCCCUCUGCGAUCUCCUGGGUAAUAGACUGGAGAGUGAGGGGGACAGCCUCCUUCAGACACAGGCUUGUCUCUGUUACAUUUGUGCUGGCAAUAUUGAAAAACUCGUUGCUUGUUGGACCAAAGCUCAGGAUGGAAACAGCCCCUUGACCCUUCAGGAUUUAAUAGAGAAGGUUGUAAUCCUGCGCAAAGCUGUGCAGCUCACCCGGGCUGUGGACCCUAAUGUUGUGGGGGCCCUUUUGGCUGAGAAGAUGAGCCAGUAUGCGAACCUCCUGGCUGCCCAAGGCAGCAUUGCUGCAGCUUUGACCUUCCUGCCUGCGAACACCAACCAGCCAAACAUUGUGCUGUUACGGGACAGGCUUUGCAGAGCACAAGGGGAGCUCCCAGCGGGACAGGAGACCCUCAGGGCACCGUCUGAGAGACAGCUCAUGCCCAAAGGACGAGCUGGCCCUGUGGCAGGACAGAUGCAAGGGCCCCAAGCUCCAGCCCUGCAGUAUUACCAACAGAGGGACAACCCACCUCCUCCAGGGUUUAUCGUGCCAGGUGCCGCUAACCCCAACAUGCCACCGCAGCAAGCCACGUCUUCCAAUUACAGCAUGUACUCACAAGCAGGGGCCCGGCCAACACACCCACAGACAUAUCAGGCCACACAGCAAUACUCUUGUGGAACAGGGGGACCAGCGCUCUAUCAGCCUCAGCAACCUAUUGCUGUUCCUGCUUCAGUCUCUUACCCAAACCCUGCCCCUAACACGACCCCUCCCUACCUGCCCUCUGCUCCUGCCCACGCUGUGCCCUCCCCGCUGUACCCUGGUCAGCCUCAACCUUCCCCAACAAGCCUCAAUCCCAUCUCUUCCUUCCCUCUUCCUCCUUUGGGUGCAUCCUUUCAGCAUGGCAGGCCAGGACCUUCAGCAACUCCUGUGGCUUAUGCAUUACCUACUGGACCAACAGGUACUCUGCCUGCAACCAGUGACCUUCCUGCAUCUCAGAGAACAGGGCCUCAGAAUGGCUGGAAUGACCCUCCUGCCUUGAACAGAGCUGCCAAGAAGAAGAAGGUCCCUGAUAACUUCCUGCCCCCGGUUCCCAUCACCUCCCCAAUCAUGAACCCACUGGCGGAUCCACAGUCUCAGAUGCAGCAGCCUCCAGCUCCAGCACCACCCACAGGCUCACCCAGCUUCCAGCCUCCACACCUCUCAGCAGGGCAGCUGGUGCUGCAGGGUGGCUACCCACCUGCUCCCCAGCCCCUGGGGUCAUGCAUCAUCCCACCCUCUGUUUCCAAACCCAGCACGGAGGGGGCCCCUGGAGCCCCAAUUGGCAAUGCCAUCCAGGCACUGCCAACAGAGAAGAUUACCAAGAAGCCCAUCCCUGAGGAGCACCUUAUUCUGAAGACUACAUUUGAAGCUCUUAUCCAGAGGUGCCUACUGUCUGCCUCUGAUCCACAAACCAAGAGGAAACUAGAUGAUGCAAAUAAACGCCUGGAGUUUCUGUAUGACAAACUUAGGGAACAGACACUCUCUCCAACCAUCAUUAGCGGUUUGCACAACAUUGUGAAGAGCAUUGAAACCCGCAACUACCAGGAGGGACUGAACAUCCACACGCACAUAGUCAGCAUCAGCAACUUCAGUGAGACUUCUGCUUUCAUGCCUGUUCUGAAAGUUGUCCUCACCCAGGCCAAUAAGCUGGGUGUCUGAAGCAACCUGCAUUUGCAAAGCCUUGACAGUUGCUUUUCCAAAGAAGUGCAUUUCUACAGCAAACAUGCAGGAAAUGGACCAAAUGCUAGUCCUUGUGGCAUGUCAUGGUAGAGCACUGACAAAUGGCAUUACAUUCUCCCUGCAAAAUUCUUUGCUCUAGGAGGGCUGUGGAGCCCUGGUGCUUUUCUUUUUAUCUUGAUCUUUUUCCCAUCCCAAAUGAUUCUUGUCUACAGAUAGUAUAUGUAAUGGAUGAAGCCCUGUAUGGUCAGUUUUUAGAUGCAUGUUGUACUGCUAAUCAGUGGCUUUUAACAACAAUAUGUUAAAACAACACAUGAGGUUGUGUAUCAGACCCCAAAACAGAUUAUUCCCUUCCUUCCCCCUGUUCCUUAUCCACCAAAUUAAAGAGUCUGAUCAUAAGUGUGUUUGUUCUUUCAUUUUAUGAAGCUGCUUGCAGUUCUGUUACUACAGUUUACGUGUUAAAUAGCUUAAUUUUGCACUGCGGCAAAAGAGGAAAAUAAAGGCUAAUGUGAUAUUUUCAAUAAAUAUUAAAUUAUUA